GCAGGAAAUGUAUAAAGAUUCCAAAAGCAGACGGAUUUUUUAGCUUUUAUUUCUCCUCUUUAAGCUAAUUUUACGUGUCGAAGUCAUGCAAACGUGGAGCCUCGCAUCAGUUUGUGUAUUGCUCUGCCUCGUUGUGAGAUGGGGCGUUUCGUUAAAUUCAUAUUCAGGGGCGGGGAAACCUCCCAUGUUUGGCGACUAUGAAGCUCAAAGGCACUGGCAGGAAGUGACCUACAACCUCCCUCUGCAGGAAUGGUACUUCAACACUACUGAGAAUGACUUGAACUACUGGGGUCUUGACUACCCGCCCCUGACUGCCUACCACAGCCUGAUCUGUGCUUACGUAGCCAAGUCGAUAAACCCUGAAUGGGUGGAGCUUCACAAGUCCAGAGGUUAUGAAAGUCCAACGCACAAGUUAUUCAUGAGAGCUACAGUCCUGGUGGCAGAUUUGAUGAUAUUCAUCCCUGCAGUGGUUUUAUACUGUUUAUAUCUGACUGAUGGAUCCUUGAAAAAGAAGGUGUCCACUGUGUUCUGCUUCCUUCUUUACCCCGGUCUUAUUCUCAUCGACUAUGGGCAUUUCCAGUACAAUGGAGUGAGUCUGGGCUUUGCCCUGUGGGGGGUUCUGGCUCUGGGUCUGGGCUGGGAUGCGUUGGGCUCCGUAGCCUUCUGUCUGGCUCUCAACUACAAACAGAUGGAGCUGUACCAUGCUCUGCCCUUCUUCUGCUACCUGCUGGGGAAGAGUGUCAAACUGGGCCUGAUGGGGCGAGGGCUUUUCCUGUUGGUGAGAAUUGCUUCAGCAGUGUUGGUGACUUUUGCCCUCUGCUGGCUGCCCUUCCUCUCUGACCCCGAGCAGGCCAUGCAGGUGGUCAGGAGGAUAUUUCCCGUGGCUCGCGGCCUGUUUGAGGAUAAGGUGGCCAACACAUGGUGCAGCUUGAACAUCCUGAUAAAGAUCAGAUCCAUUCUGUCCAGUGACUCCCAGAUCUACCUCAGUUUUGCCUGCACUGUCCUGGCAGUCCUACCAUCCUGCAUCAGACUUUUGACGAAGCCCACCUUCUGGCAGUUUAAACUGGCCUUGGCAAAUUCCUCUCUGGCGUUUUUCCUCUUCUCCUAUCAAGUCCACGAGAAGUCCAUCCUCUUGGCUGCCUUGCCUGUCUGCCUCCUGCUGAAUGACCUGCCCCUGGUGGUUAUUUGGUUCCUGCAGGCCUCUACAUUCAGCAUGCUGCCUCUGUUUCUGAAGGACGGUCUGCUGGUGCCCUAUGUUGUGACCUCGCUGGCCUUCCUCUACUUCAGCAUCUAUCUUCUGUCUCCACUGGAGCACUGUUCAGAGGAUGAGUUGAGACUGGGAGCCUACCACAAGCUGCUCUUCUGCUUCCCCAAACUAAACCUGGCCCGGAUUGUAAAAUGGAAGUUCUACAUCAGCAUCGCAGUCAUGGCCGGUCUGAGCGUCGCAACUAUCUCUCUGGCUCCUCCACCACAUCUCCCUGACUUGUUUCCUGUGUUGGUGUCUUCUACUGCUUUCAUGCACUUCUUGGGAACAUUUAUAUAUUUCAAUAUUGUCCAGUUCAGCGAGCCACCCAGCAGAAAGAGCCAGAAGAAGAACAACUGAUGGAGCCAAAGGCAGUGAUAUGUACAGCACAUUUUUUGUUUUGGCUGAUAUUGCUUCUGGGAAGCCUUUGUUACACCAUAGGGUUACAUCUGCUCAUAAUGUGCAUGAAGGCUUUCACUCGUGCCAUCAUGUCCCCAAUGCAAAUAAUCAAAAGAAAACUAAUUGGCAACAAUUUAGAUAAUCAAUCAUUUAAGUCUUAUUUUCAAGAAAAACGACAGAUGUUUGAUGGUUCUGAGAAUUAUCUGUCUGCUCUUCUUGCAUUAUAGUAAAUUGAACAUCUUUGGUUUUAGGCUGUUGCUCAAAACAAGAGAUUUUUGGAAUUCAUCUUGGGCUCUCAGAAAUUUACCAAAUAAUUAGCCGAGAAGAUGAUCUGCAGAUUAAAGGAAAAUAAUCAUUAGAUACAGUCCUACACAAAUGCUCCUAAAAGGGAUAUUGUGGCCGGAAAAAUCAUUAUUGUACAACUCCUGGGACAUAAAUAAAAGGAGCAGAUAAGAGAUAUUUCUACAGUAAGGACCAAAUAAAUUCACGAAAAUCCGGCCCCUCUUUUACCAAAUAUCAAUCGGAAUAUUUGUUUGGACCAAUGACACUCAACUCUCCAAACCACACUAUUGCUGGCUAAUAGAACAAGUACAAAUAGACGAGCAGUAUGCAGCCUUCACAUUUGACCUUAGACAGCUCUGUGUCUGUAUGCUGAAGCUACAAGGGUCGGCCACAAUAACAAGAACACCUGUUGAAAGUGAGAGGUGUUGAUUUAAUUUUGUGGUAACUUUUAAAGCCAUUGUUUGUGGUGGUGCUAGACUUAAUGAUAUUGUUGGGGUUUUCCUGUUAUUUUGUCCAACCUCAGUACCUAUUCUUGGUGUUGUGUGAUUAAAACGCAUACCGGUUGGGACUGGUCCCAGGUCUAGCAGUAACUGUUGAUUAUAAUUCAUGUGAACUUUGUUUUUAACGGUUUUCUACUGUAUAUGUUUUUUGUUCUUUUGUACAAACUUCAUUUUUGUGAAAAUAAAUACAA